UAGAAUAGAAUAAAUGUCAGUUUCAAACAUGGAUCAUUCGCCUUCGUCUCAAAGCAACGAUGAUGUCGAGAAUUUUUCACAGAACCCAGAAGAUUCAAGUCACUCGCCUGGUUAUAUAGAUAACUUUAAUUCCAAGUCAUUAUCUAUACAGCCUUCAGAUAUACCAACAAAAGGAAUUUUGGCGUUCUCAAUAUUAUGCGAUUUAUUAGACGAGUGCAUAUUAGAUGUUGCAUUUGAAGCUCAUAGAGAAACAAAAUUGGCCGCAUCUUAUCAACGAUUAGUAACCCAGCCUGGGUUAGAUAUUUUUGGAAAUCGUCCUCAACAAAAUGAUUCGCCAAAAUUUGAAUGUGUAAAUUGUAAACGUCCUUAUCCAUCAAAGCGUUAUGCUCCACAUUUGGAAAAGUGUUUGGGAUUGGCGGGUAGAAGUUCAAGUCGUGUUGCAAACUUAAAAAUAGGAAAUGAUAGAAAUCCUUCAUCACCAUACACUACUUUAUCUGAAGAUAACUUAAAUCAAAGUGACUCGGAUGGAGGUUUAUAUAUUGAAAAAUUUGAAAAAAAACGCAAGAAAUUAAAUGGAAAAUCAAGGGUAUGGUAUUUUGUCAUUUUAUAACGUAGAAGUAUUUCGCCAAAGGAUUUUUUCGAUUAUAUAAAGUAUAUUUUUUUAGAGAUCGUCUCCUGCUAAAUAUACAAAGUCAAAAAAGCAAAAAUCGAUUAUUUCAGAGACGGUAGAAG